AUGGCUGCUAGGCAAGACAAGAAAUCAUUGGACAUGUUGGUAACUGAUUUUUUUGUCAAUAAUAACAUUUCCUUCAAUGUUAUUCAGACAAAUUCUUUUAUUGAGAUGCUAAGGGGUGCAUGUGCUUAUGGUACAAGUUAUGUUGUACCUAGUUAUAGCAAUCUUCGGACCAGUUUGAUUCCUGGAAAAAAAGCGGAAAUCAUGCAAUAUGUUAGUAGUAUAAAGGCGACAUGGGAUAUCACAGGUUGCACAAUCAUGUCUGAUUCUUGGACUGACAUAAAGAAGAGGUCAUGGGUUAAUGUGAUUGCUUACUCUCCUGGGGGUGCUGUGUUUUUGAAAUGUAUUGAGUGCGGUAUAAAUAGAUUAACUUCCACAUUUCUUUUCAAUGAAAUUUCUGAUGUCAUUGAAAAAGUUGGACCAAAGAAUGUUGUGCAAUUUAUUUCAGAUAAUGGUUCUAACUUUUGUUCUUGUAGUGAUAUGUUGUCUGGAAAAUGGCGUCAUAUAUAUAGAACAAAUUGUGCUGCUCAUGGGAUUAAUCUGCUUUUGAAAGAUAUUCACAAAAAAGUUAAAUGGGUGAGGGAAGUUAUAGAAGAUGGAAAACUUGUAGUGGAUUAUAUUCACAGGCACACAGGUAUUGUAGCAUUGAUGAGAAAAUUGACCAACAAUAGAGAUAUCAAGCAGCCUUGCAAGACAAGGUUUGGUACUUAUUUUUUUAUGCUGCAGUCUCUUAUUGUUGUUGAGAAUGAGCUGAGGCUUUUUGUUGCAUCAUCUGAGUGGAGAGCCUUUCAAUUCAAUAGAGCUGAAAUGGCAGUGAGAACUGUUGGAAUAAUUCAAUCAGAGACAUUUUGA